GGAAUCGCAUCAACACUCGUUACAAUAUUAUGCAUUUUGAGGGUGGAUUCUGUUCUCCAGUAUUUCGCAUCCACCAAACAGAUAAUUCCUUACCUUUUCCCCAGUUCUGUAGGCAUUUGGAAUUAAUUAUUCAAUAGCAUCGGCAAUAUUCGGCAACCUUUCAAUGAAUAGACGUUCUCCCUGCGCUGUGGGUACCAGUCAUGGCAGCAACCUGGCAGUUACCUGGAUGGAAGUUGCGAACCAGUUCCAGAGCAGUAGCAUCAGGUGAGGAGGAAGGAACCCAACCAGCUUCUCGAUCGGAAGGUGCGAAGGUGCGUCCAGACACCAGGCUACAACAUCUGGACUCCCAUCUGCGCUCUUCUCCUUGUACGGAUAAUUCUACUCUAUGCCCUACCCAUCCUACCUCAUCUCCUAUCUUCACAGAUGCGCGUCAUUGUUAAAGUACGAGUGAGUACAGAUACUCCGCAGCCCUCCUCGGCCAUAGAGAUAUCGUCCGAGACUACAGAACAGUGUGAUAUCCUGCAUGGCCUUCAGCGUCGACCUUGUGCAACAGCGAGUUCCAACCAACGACAUUGUUCACCAACCUCACCACACACGAUGUUGAGAUUUGAAUCUCUCAGACGAUGCUUCUCCACGCUUUCUCUAGAAAAGUCCAUCCGGCUUACUUCACUCCUGAUAUUCUCCACCGUCGUUGUUCCAUACCUGAAAUAUUCUCGACAAGAUCGAUCAAACUUUUAUGACUCCUGCAAGAUUCUUGCAUUUAAGAAUUACCAAACAGACCUCGCAAGAUGCGCCGAAAAGCUGGCGGAUGAAGGAACACGUGGAGACACGCUGUCCGCCAGAUCAUGUUUGGGAAUAGGGUUGCUGUUACUAGCAGCUGUCAUGUGGCAGUACAUGACCUCGCUACUUCAGGGAUGGUUAUCUGCGAAAGCUUUCAGGGCUAAACUUGCCACAGAUCCCAGCCAAGAUGAUGCUGUUCCCAGGUGAUCAAUCGUCUACAAUUAAGCGGACAGAACCACAUACGCAGAGUCUGCCUUCUGAGAACGCCUAAUCGUCCCAUCACAAUUCCAGUUUGCUUUCAUUCAUAUCGUUCAGUGCUAAGAUGUCAGGAGAUCCUUCCUCCUUAUCAAACCAGGCAAAUCAUCAGUCAAUGCCGUGCAACAGAUUACUCCCAGCGCAUACCCCCUUUCGACCCCGAUCGUAUUCUCCGACAAUAUUCCUUAGCCAAGGGUCUAUCUCCGAUGCAGAUUCAGAUGUAUACUGGUCCAGCAGCACAUAUCCAGCACUCUUGACCUGCGACUCAAGAUAUACUUGGUCCUCGAAAGUUUUUGGUGUUAUGGGUGAUGCUGCAAGUGGUUGCACAUCCUUCCUUGGAGUCUUCAACCCCUGUGGCGUAUACAGAAGAAUCUCUGGGUCAAGUCUGCCAGCUCCAUGAACUGCCCCCCAAGCUUUUCUAUACUCGGAUUGACGUAAUGCGUCAUCCAACAACUGAAUGUCAAUCGCCAUACCAGGUAAGCGUAGGUACAUUCCUCGGUCAUAACUCCACCGCGUCCAUUGUAACUCGCCCAACAACUGAGCCUUCACUCCGAGCCUUUCGUCGAUGGGAACUGGAUGGUAGAUGAGAUCUUGAGAUUCCUGAAUUGUCCUCAUGAAUGAGAGGAUCGAUGUGUGAAGAACGCUCCCAGAUGAUUCCCACGUUGCGGGGUACAGCAGAACCAAGGAUGGUGGAAUGGAGAGGUUGGACGCAUUCCGAUGCAAAUCUGCGAAAUACAGGGCAGAGCACAGGUCCGAUGGCUCCUGCAGAGCAAAGAAGUAUGCCAAUCUUUCAAAAGAGGAUCCAUCCUCUGAUAUCAGAGACUGCUUCACUCUCCGCAGGCCUUGGUCGUCCACAUCAACGGGGACCUGGAUGUUAUCGCCAGGUUUCGAGCCUCGAGGCCCCAUUAUCUCAUUGACAAUUGUCGACUCCAUCGACCCAUCAAUGUUCUCUCCAACAACAGCCUCGAACAAUUCAUUCUGGGGAUGUCGGAACUUCGCGGGGAGAGUCGGUACUGGUUUUCUCUCUGGCGGUUGCCGUAUGGCCUCUUGUAGUGAUCGGACACUUUGCUGUUGUAGGACAUAUCCACACAGAAAGAGCAAGAAUGUAAAUGUGCAGAUCACUCCACUAGAUAUGAUGACCGACACUGUUCCUGAGGUGAGGAGGACCAUCUCUGCACUCCGUACUCCCUCGAUCUUUGAGCAGGGGCCAAUCUCUGGUCCGGUAUGACCACAGACCGGGUGGGACUUGCGGUCUGGGUGAGGUUAAGGAUAAAUAUUGCUGUGUAGGUGCGAAGGAUAUGUCAAACGUGCAGAUUUCAAUAAGCACUCGAAUGUACGACUUUGGCUGUCUUCGUUCAGGUCAA